AUCAGUGUGUGACCUUGCUCAGUGCGAAUCGAGUUUGUUCCCUUAUUUUCUCAGCGCCAGUUUCGUUGUUCUCGUUUCUUUAUCGACGUGUUCGAAUCAAAUUAUUUAUUGUAACUCGUCAACACUGAUGCCCAGAGCAGUUAUUUGUAUAUAUUAUCAUCCCCACAUUGGGUUUCUUCUUGGAAACAAAAAACAAUGUCGUACGAACAGAGGCAAUAUCAGACUCAUGGCGCCCAAAAUGAAUCUUUUCAAGUUGGCACGUUUCUCCCUUAUUCUAAUGCCGAAACUUUUCUCCAACAGCCAUGUGUCGCUGCACCUUUAUUUCAUCCAGCAAGAGAAGAUGGGCUGUCACAUGUGGAAAUGACUGAUAAUGUCAACUACUUUAGUGCAGAUUGUCACUAUCAGCCCAUCCCUUUGAAUACUGACCAUGAUCGUGCUGCUAGUGAAGUUGCAGCCUACAAUCUCUAUGAAGCUAAUCAGAACUAUGCUUGCUGGAAUGAGCCAUUCACUAAAGCCAAUAUCGUGCAGUUUGUUCCUUCAGUUAACACCUACACCGUUUCAUCUGUGAUGCCCACAACACCAGACAUCUCUCCUUCCUUUAUGUUGAUAAGGCCAAAGCACCAAGUGGAAGGAGACCCAAUGACACUGCUCACUUCAAAUGACGAAAACCUGAAGACAAGUCAAGUGUGCCCUAUCUGUGAACGCACGUUUGUUUACCAAUUGAACUUUGUCAAACAUUUGACGGCUGCAGGCUGUUGUCAACCUCUUUGUAAAAAGAGCCGAAAGGAGCCUGAUAUUGACACGACUGAGACCUUUAAAAAUAAUACCUUACCACGGGCCAGCCGUGCCAAGAAAGUCACCCGAUCUAAUUCGACUAAAUCAAGAAAACGACCAACUAUUCCUGCAAAUCAUCAACCAGAGUUUCUACCCAAGUCAGAAGUCCCGUCUGGUUUCCAUGAGACCUCACCAACAUUAGAAAACGAGGAUUUAAAGAUUCAUCAGGCUACCCCGCAGAGACCUAUUUAUACUACGGUUUCGUCGGAGAUGAAUUUACAAAGGCCUUACUACAUGCCGCCAAACGUCAUGUUCUGUCAUUUCUGUAACCUGCAACUGAGCACUGAAAACUUCUAUCAACGCCAUCGUCUUGCUCACGCCCUUGUGAUCCAACUGACACGAUGUCUGGAACUCUCCCUGCCGACAUUUUCACCUCCAAGUAAUGAGACUGCCUCUGGCAACAGCAGCAACUCAUCCGCCCUCAAUAAUUGGCUCACCGACCAAAUCCGCGUCAAUUUUAAUGACCAGAACUGGCUGAGACUAUCCGUCCGGGAAGUGGAGCAAGUGCUGGGCAACAGCAACAUGGAUGUUGAUAUUCGACAGCGCCAUGGGAUCCGAGAUGACAACGAGUUUCAGAACGUUGUUGACCUUUUAGUUACUCAAGAUUUGAACCUGUCUCCGAGGAGUGACUGUUGUGAAGUCUCAAGAAAACCGUAUUUCUUUCCCCAGGAAGCCGCUUGUACGUCCGUACAGUACCAUCCAUCACCGACUGAAUCGCUACCAAGCAGCUCGGAUGCACUUUCGAUUGUUCCGGUUAACAGCCACCUGAUGCCGACUAGUCCAGUUUACCAGUCAUCCGGAAAUCAGAUGGAAGCCGGAUGCAGCGCUUCUCAUUAUCCAGGCCCAAACUUGAUGGAUUUUAAUCAAUCGGAAGAGUCUUUCAAUUCGUUAGUGACGGACCUCGACACGGUUGAGAAACAAAUGGCCAGCCUGUUGAACACUUACGAGGCAAUUUCCUCAGAGUGUGACGAGAAUUUCACCCAGCCCGAACUGACAUUCCAAAAUGUUUUUGUCGAUGACUCGCUGGAUAUUUUUCCGGUGCGGGUAAAAACUCCACCGCCUUCAGAAAGCGUCGAAUGUUCCUCGACUUCCGAAUUGAACCUUGACGUCAAUCUAACAAGCUGUAAGAUGUAUUCCUUAUCGGGAGACGUUGACCUUUUGACUUACAGACUCGAUCAGAACGACGUAUGAGGCCAAUCCAAACAAACAGCGUUUAUAGAAGAAGAAAACAAAAACCCCGAAUAGUGCAGUUCCCCUUCACCGUUACCCAGUUACGAGAGAAGUUGCACUGCCACAUCGUUUCGAAGUUUUUCUAAAUCUUAUUUUCAGUUUAUAUUUUUCUCUCCAAAGUUAUUGGUUGUAGUGGGCGGCAAGUCCUUUAAAAAAAUUUGUUAUAUUGCUUUUAAAAGUA